AUCAUCGUGAUAAGAGAAGAAUCUGCGGCAGGGCGUUGCUAUGCGAUGACGUCACCACGCUCUGGCCCCGCCCCCUGCUGGUGUGCGGCCAGUACCGGAAGUUCCGAUCCGUCGCGAAGGGGGACAGCAAGCGCACCUCUUACAGUGUAUGUGUGGCAACAACAUGUCUGUGCCGCUGCUCGCCGAGGCUGUGACGGUGUCUGGAGUGGAGAAGGAGACCGCGGCGGUGAUCUUCCUUCAUGGAUUAGGAGAUACAGGGCAUGGGUGGGCAGACACUUUGACGGGGAUCCGGCUGCCUCACGUCAAGUUCAUCUGCCCCCACGCGCCCCAGAUCCCCGUCACUCUCAACAUGAGGUCGAUGAUGCCCGCAUGGUUUGACCUCAUGGGGCUCAGCCCCGACUCCCAGGAGGACGAAGCUGGAAUCAAGAAGGCAGCAGACAGCAUCAAGGCCAUAAUCGAACAUGAGGUCAAAAAUGGCAUCCCCCCACACCGUAUAAUGCUCGGUGGCUUCUCUCAGGGCGGGGCCUUGUCCUUGUAUACCGCCUUGACCUGCCCACAUCAGUUGGCUGGCGUCGUGGCCCUCAGUUGCUGGCUACCACUUCACAGGAGUUUCCCAUCGGCAUCAAGUGGCCACAAGAACAUCCCGAUCCUGCAGUGCCACGGCGAGAUGGACGGCAUGAUCCCAAUGCAGUUUGGUGCCAUGACGGCAGAGAAACUCAAAUUCAUAGUCAACCCUCAGAUGAUCACCUUCAAAACCUACCCAGGGCUCUCUCACAGCUCCUCUGCUCAGGAGAUGGCGACUGUAAAGGAAUUUAUCGAGAAGUAUUUGCCCCAAAUCUGACCUCACCUCAUCCCUACUGUGACCCCCCUGAGACACUGACCUCUCACCCCUGAUCUGCCAUUCUCCCACAGGAAACAGCCAUGUGCACCCCCCUCUUCCACACACAUCGGCAAGAUAACCAACACGCGCAUGAAAACACGCACAUUUAAUAACCAUAACGAUUCGAUCCACUCUGCUAAACAAAACACAUGCUUCUCCAUGCAGUCCUUCCCGACAACACUCAUACUGCAAACCGAUUCGUCAAACACACUGAUUUGAUUCUAACAUGAUUAAGUGCUCGCACUCACAAGUCUUAGCCUUUCGGAGGGAGAAACACUGACUCACACAUUACAUUCCCUUUGGUUUUAUUUAAACAACCUCUGUCUGUCGACUCCACCCGACCUCGGUUUUUCUCCACUUUUACCUCCGUUUGCUUCAUCUUAACCCCCAGCUGUCACAUCCUCUAAUGCUUCCGCUGCCACGCCUUUCCCCUCUUUCAUCGCCGCGUCACUUUGUGAGACAUUUAGUGAAAAACCAACAAUAAGAGUGAGUCGGAUAAGCAUGUUAACACCUACCUGAUACUGUUAGUGACCACACUAAGGCUCAGUCAGACCGGAUUUCACUUCUUUAUCAUUUCUGUGUAGAACGGGACGAGACACAUUGGCUACUUGUCGCGAAUUGACCUUCGUCCUUUGGUUCAGUCGGAUUGGCAUGCAAAAUAUUAAUGUCCAGCCAGUUUAGAUAGAAAAAGGUGGGAUUGGCUUCUCAUUCAGGAAAUAUUGCGGCGAGAAGAAGGGAUGCUGCGGUGAGUGUAAAGAGCAGUGACAAAGUUUAAAAUGUUUGAUAAAACACUGCCCCAAGCUAAGUGAAAUCCAGUCUGACUGCGGCUUCGCUCCAGUUCUGGAGUCCCACAGAGUCCGACUCAGGUGCGGUGAGUGCUGGUUUUAGAGCUGGAGCAGCUGGUUUCCUACCAACCCAUCCAUCCCAUCCCCCCCAUGACUUGUACACUGCAGCCUGUCCGGGUAAUCUAUGGAAACCCUUUUUAUUAAAGUACCAACAUCCAUGAGGUCGUCACAUUUUCUUCUUUUUUAAAUGAGUGUGAUAAAAUAUCUUGAAAUACAUGAAGAAAAUCCAAUUGAAAUAAAAGAAAACUAAUCAAUCGAUGCUUUUGCCACCCUGUGCUGUUUAUUUCAAAGCUUCCACACCUGCAUGUUAGUAACGUCUUCCUGCUUUAUGUGAUUCUUUACAGAAAUUUACCUCAUUUGAAUUCCUUUUUUUUUUUUUUUUUUUAAUAUGAUUGUAGGCUUAAAGGUGAAUGACUGCCAGGUAUGAGUUGCAUGAAAUAAAACUAGAUGGUUGCAGGCCUGCACAGACUGCACACCAUGAGUCGCUUCACUGUUCCUCCCACCGACUUUUCCUCUUUAAACAUUUUCCCCAUUCAAGUGCUCCUGUUUGUGCACCCACCACCCCAUGAACACCCACCUCUCCAUUAGUCCCAGGUGAUUUUCAAUGGGUUUGUUUGUUUUAAACUCUGGGAAAAUCUGCUUUCUCAAUAUCUUCUUCCAUGACACCAGAGCAGUUCAACUUCAGACCAUUUAUUCCCAAGAAAAUGUACGAAAAUAUUCCCUUCCCCACUCCCUCCUUUGGCAACUUACUGUAACCCACUAAUAGAACAUAAAAGGUCAGAUUUAAAGGUAAUGCUAUUAUAGUUCACUUCUUUAAAAUCAAAUGGCUAUACACUGGGAGAGCUUUGGCAAGAAGCUGUUCCAACAUAGCUGAAGGGUGAUUUUACAAAUUAAAAACAAGUUAAUCUUGAACAACGUGUGAUCCUUGAAUAUAGGGAGUGUAACUCUGAGGAGUCGUGUGUGCUUAACAAUAUAUAUAUCAGGUGUUCUGCAUUUUCCUUUGUGAAUGUUCAUUUUGCUCUCCUCAUGAUUACUUGUUCUAUAUUGCUGUUCUCAAUCCUGAUUUGAAAACACAAAAAGGAGGAAAGACGUGUUCUGAUUGUUGUUGACGAAUCGAUGAAUGUCUCUCUGACCUCCUCGAGUCCUUUUCUGUUUCCCGUCACUCUGAAUCUCUGACGCAGCCCUGCGUUCUCUUCGCUUGUCUUUAUUUAGUUUGUUUUCUCCUCUUUGAUACCUUCACUAUUUUUUUAUUAUUCCAACAUCCCCCUCCGUGUGACGACGUCGCACCGUCUUGUGUUUUCUCCUGGGUUGUAUGUUGUCAUUAGUUCAGCUUUUUACAUAUGUGUAUUUUGUUUAUUGGACUUCUGUUUCGUUGUGUUUUGUCACUGUUGUCAUCUCAUCCUUUUUUUGUGUUUAUAAUGAUUAGCAUUAAGACGACAUGUUUAGGAGAGACUUGGUGGUCUCCACUUUUUUUUGUUUCCAAAACACCUGUAUGCGGAAUAAAUGACCCAAAAAAAGUC